CUCCACCCCUCACUUAAAGUUUUUCAGCUUUUCAAAGCCCAUAAAGAAAGAUAGACUUCUUAACAAUUUCAAUAUUUACAUGCCAAUGUGGUGAAUCAGACCCUGAUUUUCUAACUAAAAAGACAUCCAGCUGAAAAAAAAUUGCUUAUCAUGGCCAUAGAAAACCACAGCCAAAAGUUUUGUUUUGCUGUGUGAUGGAUCAGGCAUUUUCACCUUUGGGAUAAAUGACUGGAAGUUCUUCAGCAGCUACUGUGACCCUGAAGUUAGGAGGUAUCCUUUGUAUUCCAAGGAUCUGAAAUCAGCUUUGGUCUUGCUUGCUCUCUGUGAUAAGCGGACUUCAGUUGAACUGAAGUAACAAAAUGGCUGAAUUUCCCCGGGUGACGAACAAUGAGGCUUUGAUGGCUUUUACCACCUAUGGAACCAUUGUCGUUGUGAAAAUGAUGAUGAUGAGUGUUUUAACAUCAUACUUCAGAUUAACAAGAAAGGCUUUUGACAACCCAGAAGAUGUUCCAGGCUCCAGAACAGAGGAGAAUAUUAAGAAAUUUGUUCGGAGAGAUGACAGAGUUGAUCGUGUACUCAGAGCCCACCGGAAUGACCUUGAAAAUAUUGUCCCAUUCUUUGCUAUUGGCCUCCUGUAUUCCUUGAGUAAUCCAGACAUUACCACAGCCAUAUGGCACUUCAGAAUCUUUGUUGCAGCUAGAAUCUACCACUCAAUUGCAUAUGUGACACCUUUUCCACAGCCAAACCGUGGGAUGAGUUGGUUUAUUGGUUAUUUAACUACUUUUUCAAUGGCAUACCAAUUGUUGAAGAAUAAAUUAUACUUGUAGCAGACAGCAUCGUAACAGUCAAGCUUUAGGUUAGCCUUUUGCUAAGAAUUUUAUUUCUUCUUAAUCUUAAAUGAAUCAUUUUUCUUUUGGAGUUAAAGGCGAUGGUGGAGGAGAGAAUUAUUUUGAAUGCCACCAUUAAUGGCAUCUUUUGAUUCUAGAUUAGCAUUUUUGUUGGAAGUUAUCCAUAAUGAUCCUUCAUUUUCUACUCUUUUGCCUUAUCAGAUUAAUGAGUUUAAAGCGUUGCAUAUGUUACAUGACUUUUAACUUUUCAAACUUUUACAUAUACAAUGUAAUCAUUUUGGUUUGAGUUAGAUUGCUAUUAAAGUUGAUGUAUGCCGAUAAUGGACUAAAACAAUGGA